AAAUAAAAAAUGAAUGAAAAAGAAAGGAAGAAACAUAUUAGGGAACCACCUUCAAUUCCUUUCAUUUGGGAAACAAAACCAGGCAUUCCUAUAAAAGAUUGGAAGCCAGUGGACUCGUCAUUUUGCCAAUUACCAAAAACUCCACUCAAACAAAUUGCCUCUAUUCCCUUUGUUUGGGAAGAAAAACCUGGAAUACCCCUCCCUAAUUUCUCACAUGUUGAUGAGAAUGAAAGCAUAACUAGCUUGGACCUUGAAUCAUUUAGUUUUGAUACAAAUGAAUCAUUUAACUCAGUUCCUUCUUUGCUUGCAGAUUGUCUUGUAUCAUCAACUAAACUCUCUACAGCCAUUCCACUACAACAAACUCCAUCCUCUCCAGCUUCGUCGGAGACGGAUAGUAGCAUAAGCAGCUAUGAAACUGGAAGGUCAAGUUUAACUGGUUCUGCUUUUUUGGAAUGUCUAUUUCCUUUGUUUCCACCAAAGUCUAGUUUUCUUGAAAGGGAUAUUGGUUACAACGAAAAGUUAAGUUCAAGUUUGGUGGAACUAAAGGGAAAUGAUUUUGAGAAUGAAGAUUAUACUUGUGAUAUGUCAAGGAAGCAACCAACACUUGGGGAGUUAAUUAUGAUGAGCAGAAGAAGAAGCUGCAUAAGAAAAGCAACUCAAAUGAAUAAAUGGGAUCCACCAAAGAAAACCACAAGAAAACAAGCUUUUGGAUGCUUCUCCGUUGUAACAGGCAGCAGUAUCAUUGAAGGGCUGUUGAAGAAAAAGUACUACUACUACCCUAGGCUGAAACUAGUCUAAAGAUAACCACGGAUGCGGCUGUAGAGUAACCAUUAAAGGAUUUCCUUUGUUGAGAUUGCAGAAUGUUGAUUGUAUUAGAAUUUCCUUGUGUGUUGUAAACUAUCAUAUUGUAUUUUCUUUUAAGAUAUCUCAUGUCUCAUA